UCUCUCUCUCUCUCUCUCUCUAAUCUCACCUACUCCUCGUUUAGCGCGCCGGUGGGAGUAAAAACAGAAGAAGAAGAAGAAGAAAAAGAAGAAGAGGGAAGGCGCUGCGGGAGGACCCGUGUUUCAGAGGAGAGCGAUCAAGAUAAUUUUUCUUCUGAUAUCUGGUCGAUGGAUUUAUCACUGACAAUACACUUAUAUUUUAGCUAGAGAUCGAGUGAAGCAUGGGGGACUGGAGCUUUCUGGGGCGGCUGCUGGAGAAUGCUCAAGAACACUCCACUGUGAUUGGAAAGGUUUGGCUUACCGUCCUCUUCAUCUUCCGCAUCUUGGUUCUGGGCGCAGCAGCCGAAGAGGUUUGGGGCGACGAGCAGUCGGACUUUACUUGUAACACGCAGCAGCCCGGUUGCGAGAACGUCUGCUACGACGAGGCCUUCCCCAUCUCCCACAUCCGCUUCUGGGUGCUGCAGAUCAUCUUUGUCUCCACGCCCACCCUCAUAUACCUGGGCCAUGUGCUGCACAUAGUCCGCAUGGAGGAGAAGAGGAGGGAGAGAGAGGAGGAGCUCAGAAAGGCCGGGCGGCACCAGGAGGACAACGACCCGCUCUAUCACAAUGGAGUCGGUAACGGAGGAGGGGGUGGUGGGAAGAAGGAGAAGCCGCCUAUUCGUGACGAGCACGGCAAGAUCCGUAUCCGCGGGGCGUUACUGAGGACCUACAUCUUCAACAUCAUCUUCAAGACUCUGUUUGAGGUGGGCUUCAUCCUGGGACAGUACUUCCUCUAUGGCUUCCACCUGAGGCCGCUCUAUAAAUGUGGCCGCUGGCCCUGCCCCAAUACGGUGGACUGCUUCAUCUCCAGGCCCACUGAAAAGACCAUCUUCAUCAUCUUCAUGCUGGUGGUUGCCUGCGUGUCUCUGCUCCUCAACCUGUUGGAGAUAUACCACCUGGGCUGGAAGAAGGUCAAGCAGGGGGUCAGCAGUGAGUCCAUCCCGUACUCCUGCAUGAACGUGAUAGGGGGUGGAGCAGCGGAGGGCAGAGCCUACAGUCCAGCUGAAGCCUCCCCUGCAGUGAUGUCUGUGCCCGCAGCACUAAAGAUGGACGAGUUCCACCCAGACGACUUCCUGUUGGAGGCCCUGCCCACUUCCUUUUACGGCGAGAGGGGGAGUGUCGGGGGCCGCAGUCAGCUGAUGGAGAUGGAUCAGAACUGGAGCAACAUGGCGCUGGAGCACCACAAUCGGGAAGGACAAAACUCCUCCUCCUGCCCUCCUCCUCUGCCCUCUCCUCCCACCACCACCUCCUCCUCCUCUCCUCAUGGGGAGAGCACCCCGCCACUCCCAGAUGGGGAGGAACACUCUGAGUUUCCUACACUUCCUCGUCACACCCCUCUCUCCCCCCUUGCACCGGAGGAGGUGGAGGAUGAAGAAACUACAUCGCCUCGAAUGGGCCUACAUGACGACUUCACCGUGGUAACCAGGGCAGAGAUGCACCCGCCUCCUGCUUCUCCCGCGCCGAACAUCCGGAAGCCGAGUCGGGCCUUCAGGAGCGGCAGCGUCCGAGCUCGUCCCGACGACUUGGCAGUGUAGCUAAUACACACACACACACACACACACACACACACACACACACACACACACACACAUUCACACACACACACACACACACAUACACACACACACACACACACACACACAUUUACACAACCAUGCAGACAUGAUGUGUACAUGUAGAAAACACAUAGAAAGCAUGCCCUCCAGCUACUGACCUGCCUGCAUGAAGAAAACACUAUUCAUUUGGAGGGGGCUGCUCACUUUAAUCUCAGAAUUAUAAGGUAGAAGUAGCGAUAGAAAUAGUUUGGCCUGACCAGGCAAACAUCAUAGUUGAUACGUGCAAUUAAAAUAGAUGUUCAAUAAACAAGCCCAAUCAAUAACUGCAGGCAAGGAAGGCAAUUCAAAAAUAAAAAGAGAACUUACAAAAAAGUAGCCAAAAUAAAAACGCUAGCUAGUAGUAUCGAUCUUCUUCGUGAAUAAGCAUAUUUAUUUGUAUUAAUCCUUGAAACAUACCAUCAGCAUUUCCUUAGCAAACUCACUUUCACACACAGCAAUAUAUAUAUAAUAUACUAUAUAUAUAUAUAUAUAUAUAUAUAUAGUCAGCACAGACACAAGUAAGAAGAGGUUAUAGUGAUGAUGAUUCUGAUUGGACUAACUUAUAAAUUGGGGGCGUAGAGGCAGCGUUACUAUAUUCCUUUAUUUUCAUUUAUCUUUUAUUUAUUUUCUGUGAGACAUCGGAGGAGAGGUUUCUUUAUUUUCAUUUCUUACCGUGACGUGAUGAUGGAGCCGAACAGUCCGUGCGUCGUGUCUGUACGAGUGU